AUGGUCACUCGAAAUGUAUGGUUAAUGGGUGGACCACCGUGGAGACUUCGUUUUGCACCAUUUCCAAAUAGACGAAUUCGAAUUACUCAGAUUUUUCCUAAUGGACGAGCUAAUCAAGAAGGUAUGCGAGAUGGUGAUAUGGUAGAAACAAUCAGCCGGCAACACUGCACAAGUUACAAAAUGCUCAAUGCUAAAGUUUCAGAAUCAUAA